AGGCAGGGCGGGCAGAUCACAGGUGUGGUCUUCGCAUUUUCAGGAGGAAACACCGAUAAGGCGGGUCGCUUUCCAAGAUAACACGUGGGGCGAUUGGUUGAUAGAAGGUGUCAACCGCUUUUAAUAUUCACGCCUUUUUCGAUUGUGCACCAAUGACAGAAGAAAUUUCAAGUAAUCGAGGUAGAUUACUUUGACCAGGAUAGGGCCCCAGGGUAGUGCAGUCCAGUGCAAGUGAAAAGAAUGCGCUUAGUGUGCGUAUCCGACCGCUGCGGGAUCGUUGCAAAAGUACAGCCCUUGUGGAAAACGGAAAACUAUUGAGCUCGCCGAGACAGUGCACUGCGCGACUUCAAUGAAUCACCGUAGUGUUGUGUAAGCUAUUGAGUCAUCGUGCGGUAUAUUUUUCACAAGCAUCAAACCAGUAUUGAAGCACACGAAAGAGCCACACGGAAAUGAGCGCACAGUGGGAAGGCUUCCCGUUUUUCUCCCUGCAGGAUUCACAAGAUAUUCAGGAAAAUGAACAUGACUGUGGUGACUCUCAGGGUUUCCCCAUUUUACACCUCCCAGACAAUGUAGUGGCCCACAUAUUGUCCUUUCUAUCCAUAAAUACUUUACUUCGCCAGUGCAGAUACGUAUGCCAAACAUUUCGAAACCUAAUCGACGGUCAUGCUUUAUGGAAAGCCAAAUGCAUACGAGAGCGAAAGACAAUUCCAAAUUAUCGGUUUAAUGCCCCACCCCAGAAGUAUUACCAAAUGAUAUGCAGGUAUAAUCCCUAUGGCGUGAACCUGGUGAAGAAUGCUUGCGGACAAACUGGACCAAAAAAACAGCGGUUCAAGUACUGGCAAAUCGAGAGCAAUGGAGGGGAUAAGUGGGGUGUGGAAUGUCCCCCAAAGGGAGCAGACGCCACACCAACUGAGGACCAGCACUGCUUUGCUACAUCCUACGGGCUGUGUUCUAAGGUGCAAGUUAUAGACCUCUGUCAAGUUGGUGUUCUGCCAGAAGUGAUGGACCUGAUUAAGCCUCCAAUUCACAUCUCUGAAUGGCAUGCUGCCAGGGUUGAUUGCGGCUGCAUAUAUAGAAUGGACGUCACUUUGCUGAACCACAAGGGAGCACCACUGGCAUCUUUCUCUACUGGAAUAAUCGAGACAGAGCAGCGGAAGGGUCGUGAAUGGAAGCAGGUGCAACAUGUGUUCAGCGACUAUCCUGAAGGUGUACGGUUCGUGAAAUUCUGCCACAGUGGGAGAGACACACAGUUUUGGGCUGGUCGCUAUGGGGCAAAAAUGACGGAAGCUUGUGUUCGCAUUCUUAAUCUUCCUGAAAGCUCAUCGUGACACCAGCAGCACAGUACUUAAUUUCGCUAAGCCACCCGUAUGCUUCUUUUUAAUUUGUAAAUACAUAAUACAUUAUUUUAAAGCAGCACUGCUUGCAAGUUCUGUCACAUGAUAGGUAUUUUAAUUAAAUGGUGCCUAAUUAUCUUUUUACAGCUUCAAAGUAUGUAUACUUUCAAACUGGCCCAAAACUUAAAUGUCUCUAUGCCAGCACUAGACAGCCGUUUUAGCCUUACUGGGACCUUAUCAGCAGUGUGCAGUAAUGUUGGAAGAAGAGGCGUCUGCACAUGGCCUUCUGACGCCACUUCCUCAUGUGUUGCUUAUCUCUGUAUUUUUGGUUGUAGCUGUGCACAUGCACACGUUCAAGUACCUUAAUAACUUUGUCAAACACACAGAUUACACUAUUAUGUACUUCCAUUCAGCGUAGUAGAAAUACGUUGUCAUUCUUUUUCUGUGAAAUUCUGGAUGUUCACUUCUGUCCUGUUGAGUGUUAAUGUUGAAGGGGCCACCUGGCUGCAUAUUAUAGUACUACCUGUUUCUUUUCCAUGUGCAGGCCUGUAUAUUUUUGGCAGAAUAGAGCCGUAUGUUCUUGCAGUCAUUUGACAACUGGCCAGUUCUUUGUAAAACAAAAAUGAGUACUCUUUCUGCUAUAGGUGCAGAAAUGUUUUUGCUGUGAAUCUAGAGUGAUACAUCCAAGUUCCUGGUUGUACACCUGAUAACCUCUUUGUUUUUCCGAAUCCCGUUUUAAAGCUUUGCACUGACCGUGAAGCAUCAAGAAACCUUGAUGCACUGCUCUCUAGAUAUCGGUUUCUCUGCCUUACUACUUCAGACAAAAUAAAAGAGGUGAAGACGGGCGAGAGGAGAGUUUACCGAGACUUGGUGCUCCAAAACGAAAAAAUUUUAUCCAUGUGAAUUGCAGUAGAGGGUCGCAGUAGUAGUUGGUUGUAGUGUGCUACGAUGAGAAUACAUGUGCUGUUUUUUUAUAACA